AUGACUCAUUCCGCAGACCCUCUCUCUUUACCCCCACCCUUUGUCGUUAUCGAGGGCAUCGACAAUGUCCGCACCAUAGGCACCUUUGCUCGAUCUCCCAGUGUCAACAUCAAGCCAGCUCUCAUCUAUCGUGGCGGUGACCCCAUGAAAAUAACAGAGAGAGGGAAAAAUCAGCUUCGCGAACUCGGAAUCACAACCGUCAUUGACCUGCGCUCAGACCGUGACCCUGACCUUGUUCUUGGCAUCAAGGACGUCCAAUGGGUCUCGGUUCCUCAGGAGGAGAAAAGCGCUGAAGAUCCUUUGAAGACUACGGAGAAGCUCAGAGGCUAUGAAACGGACCCGUUGCAAGCAUUCGUCGCCGCAUACACCGGUGUACUGAAAGGAGCGGGACCUGUCUUCGAGCUUUUCUUCGCACAUCUCAGAGACAAACCCACCGAACCAGUUCUAGUCCAAUGCUCGGCCGGAAAGAACAGGACUGGGAUAGCAAUUGCUCUGCUUUUGAUGAUCCUAGGUGUUAACGAUGAAGACAUCAUUGACGAUUACGCUCUCUCGAGUAUUGGACUACAGGCUGCGCUGCCGAUGUUGGUAGCAAAGUUCCAAAAUCGUAGCCAGGCGUAUCGCGAAAAUCAUAAAGGGUUGAUGAACUUCCUGAGUGCAAAGGCUGAGACGAUGAGGGCAACACUGGCUGUGGUGCGCGAACAAUUCGGUGGAGCAGAGAACUAUUUGACGACGCAUACAUCUUUGGGAAUCACCGACAUUGAAAACAUUCGCCGGAACUUACUUACGAGCUGA